UGCUGGGAGUGCCUGAUUGGCGGCCCUCGCGGCGCCUGCAGGCCACGCCCCGGCUGCGGAGGCUCAGUCACCGCCUUCCCCUCCCGCCCCCUCCACUCCCUGCUCGGUUCUUCUCUUCCCGUCUGAGGUGGUGGCUGGUCUUCCUUCGUUGCCAGUUCCAUUUUCCUCUGCUCUCUCUUCCCCUUUCCCUCGCGCCCGAGAGCGCCUCCCAGCCUCGUAGGGUGGUCCCGGAGCCCCUGCGCCUUCUCCUUUCUCGGGUCCUGCGUCCGCGCCUGCCCCGCCAUGAAUGAGGAGUACGACGUGAUCGUGCUGGGCACUGGCCUGACGGAAUGUAUCCUGUCUGGUAUAAUGUCAGUGAAUGGCAAGAAAGUUCUUCAUAUGGAUCGAAACCCUUACUAUGGAGGAGAGAGUGCAUCUAUAACACCACUGGAAGAUGUAAUAUAUGACUUUUCAGGUCAGCUGGUUAAGAUGCUGCUUUAUACAGAGGUAACUCGCUAUCUGGAUUUUAAAGUGACUGAAGGAAGCUUUGUCUAUAAGGGUGGAAAAAUCUACAAGGUUCCUUCCACUGAAGCAGAAGCCCUGGCAUCUAGUUUAAUGGGACUGUUUGAAAAACGUCGCUUCAGGAAAUUCCUAGUGUAUGUUGCCAACUUCGAUGAAAAAGAUCCGAGAACUUUUGAAGGCAUUGAUCCUAUGAAGACCACAAUGCGAGAGGUGUAUAAGAAAUUUGAUUUGGGCCAAGAUGUUAUAGAUUUUACAGGUCAUGCUCUUGCACUUUACAGAACUGAUGACUACUUAGAUCAACCAUGUUGUGAAACCAUUAAUAGAAUUAAACUUUACAGUGAGUCUUUGGCAAGAUAUGGCAAAAGCCCAUACCUUUACCCACUCUAUGGCCUUGGAGAAUUGCCCCAAGGAUUUGCAAGGCUAAGUGCUAUUUAUGGAGGUACCUAUAUGCUGAAUAAACCCAUUGAAGAAAUCAUUGUGCAGAAUGGAAAAGUAAUUGGUGUAAAAUCUGAAGGAGAAAUUGCUCGCUGUAAGCAGCUCAUCUGUGACCCCAGCUAUGUAAAAGAUCGAGUAGAAAAAGUGGGCCAGGUGAUCAGAGUCAUUUGCAUCCUCAGCCACCCCAUCAAGAACACCAAUGAUGCCAACUCCUGCCAGAUCAUUAUUCCGCAGAACCAAGUCAAUCGAAAGUCAGAUAUCUAUGUCUGCAUGAUCUCCUCUGCGCACAAUGUGGCGGCACAAGGGAAGUACAUCGCCAUAGUUAGUACCACUGUGGAAACCAAGGAGCCUGAGAAGGAAAUCAGACCAGCUUUGGAGCUCUUGGAACCAAUUGAACAGAAAUUUAUUAGCAUCAGUGACCUCCUGGUACCGAAAGACUUGGGAACAGAAAGCCAGAUCUUUAUUUCCCGCACAUACGAUGCUACCACUCAUUUCGAGACAACAUGUGAUGACAUUAAAAACAUCUAUAAGAGGAUGACAGGAUCAGAGUUUGACUUUGAGGAAAUGAAGCGCAAGAAAAACGACAUCUAUGGGGAAGACUAACAGCAGUACAUGUUAUUAUCUAAUUAGGACAAAUUUACAAUGUGGCAAAUAAUGCAUAUGAUGUGAAAUCAGUAUUGUAAGGCCUGCUUUUGUAAUCAAAAUGGAGAGAAUGAAGAGCGCUGUGCCAGUAAAUAUUCCUCCCUUCAUCUUUCUAAUAUUAUGUAUUAACUUGUUUUCAUGGAGUGGCUAUUCAGAAUUGGCAGUUCUCAUAUUCUGUUCACUUUAAGCAAACUGGCUUUUUUUUUCCUAGUGGAGGAUCAGUUUUAAACAUUGGGAUACCAAUACAGCAGUUUGUAAACAUUGGGGUACUGAUACUGAGGCAGUAUUUGUAUCUUUAAUCAGUGUAGCCUUUACAGUUAUGUGCUUCUGCUCAAGAGCUGGAUCCAUACAGGUUGUGUGCCAUCUGUCCUCUUGACAUUCAGGAGAUUCUAAAUUGAAUAUUCCAUGGUUUGGGACGGCAUCCAGUUUUCCCUAUGACUUUAUAUUUUGUAUUAUGUCAAGUGUUAUGGCAGGGUCCAAAUAGCAUAGCCACAAAUUUGGUUUAUGUGGGCAUAACAUUCUAACCAAACUCCAGACACAGGGAGUCAUGUGGAGAAAGCCCGUAUGUGGUGUUUUAAUCUAAUAAAGUUGAUGAGGGAAAAGGGGAGAGGAAGCGAACAUAAAGCGGGUAAAGUGUAGAGAGCAUCUUUUGUCUCAGGCGUGGCUUCUUCAGUGGACCAAGCUGCAAUGCAGUAUUGACAGAGCCUCUACUUCUGCCUCAAAAUGGCUCCAAAUGAUUUCUGUACUGCAAAAUAAAGCCAAAUUCUGGAAAC